AGUUUGCAAGCCAUCUUCUAGUUGUCUACUCGUUAUCUAGCAGUUGUUAUAUACUGUACUAUUUGUCCGCUCUCCUCGUUGUUUGCUCGGGAUCUAGGUUUUUUCGAGACUGCGAUUCGUCAUCUGAAUAGUUAUAGAUACUAGUCAUCUUAGUAGUAUAGUAAGCUUCUAUUUGUCACCCAGUAGUUAUAUCGUAAACAUCUCUCUGGUUUGCUAUUUAUCGACACGUCACCCUCUUGUCGUCUGCUGGUCUCGGACGAGUCCAAGUGGGUUCGUGUAGUUUGCGGUGGUCGUAGUCGUCGUCCUCUCUCUCGCGUAUGCUAGUUAUCUGCUUGUCAUCUAGUAGUUGUAUACUAGUCUUCAUCUUGUGGUCUGCUAGUCCCCCACAAAUCCAGGUGCUUCAGUGUCGUUUUUGUCGGUCGUGGCCCCCCCCGCCCCGCCCCCUUCCCCUUACCUCGAUGCGGUUUCCUGUUUGUCGGCGCGAAGCUCGAGAACACGCGUCUUCCCACGAGCGCGGCAUUGGAGAGCGCUCACGGAGGCCGAUCGGCGAAGCGGGCGGGAGGAAGUCCAUCGACGACGCCGGCGAGGAACGCCGAAAGGCCGAGAUCCGCGCAGGAGGGGACCGCCGGAGAGCGAGCGGACGUCUCCCGCCGGCCGCGUUUCCCGGCAUGCACCUGACCGACGGGAAGUCGUCCGGUCACGUCCGCCUUCGCCCUUUUCUUCGCCACUUCCUCGCGGGCCGGCGGAGCUCAAGAUAGCCGCCCCAGACGCUCGGAAGGCCCUCGACGUGGAAAAAGGACAUCAAGUGCGGCGAGGGCGCGGUGAUUUCAAGAGUGCGGCGCGUCCACCAUGUUGUCUUCCUUUGACGUUUCCGCGGACGCGUCGCUUCCAGUGAUGGCGUCGGCCGCCGUUUUGGCGUGCGCCGUGGUCCUGGCGUUGAUUUGUCUGCGCUGCAGGGACGACGGGUCACCCGUUUCCAUCCGGGAAGCGAGCAACACAGACGAGUACGUCACAUCCGCUCACUUCAGACUCGUCCGCCAACAUCACUCGACAGCUCGCCUGAACUCUGACCUGCUGUCACCUUUCAUUACUGCUUCGGAUCGUGGCAGUCAGCGCAGCAGCAGACCCGACCUGGAACCCACAGAGAGCGAAAGUAACCAUAGCUACCAGAACUCCUACGAUGAACGGGCCUUCCCAGAAUCCUCUACCGGGGAUUACUUAAUCGUGUUGCCAGAAGACGAGGCUCCCGGGACCAAUCGUAGCGGCGCGUCCACGCCGAGCUCAGGUAGCGUCCGACGCCUCGGCCGUCUUUGCUGUUGCUCGUCACCGUUUGAAAACGGACGCCACGUCUGCGUUGCAGACGACAGAGACUACCUGAACGUGAUUCCGCUGCCCCGAGGAGGAGAGACACCGCCGUCGCCGUCGCCGUCGCCGCCGUCGCCGUCGCCGUCGUCGUCGUCGUCCCAAAAUGACGACGACGACGACGGCGAGGGGAAGUACGUCAACGAAGCCAGCGUAAGUACAGUGAUGACAUCGCCGUGACGUGGAUGAACGGGGCGGAGUUUGACGGAUGAUGUCACCUGGCUGAAAUGAUGAACGAACUGCCGUGGAUUGCGCAUUUUUUUUCUUUGUGACUUUUUAUGUUGAAGUGACAACUCCUGAGAAUGUUUUCAUUCACACUAGUUUUGUUUUUAUGAAAUUAAAGUGAACAAACAUCA